AUGAAGAAACCAUUCAUUGACAACCUCUUAGAUCUCCCUGAAGAUAUAAUCGAAUUGAUAUUCGCCAAAAUCCCCGAUGAAUAUCUUCAUACAUACAUUGAUAAUCCACUAAUUGGUACUUAUGCACUUGAUACACUAUUUGCCAAGGUUACAAUUGAUUCUCCAGAAAGCGGCACAACAAAUGUUUGCAGAUCAACAAUGCAUAUCCCAGUUAGAAAUGAUUCAGUCAUACUGAAGGAACGGCUUGAAUUAAAUGAAUCAGUUUACCCGAAGAGACAUUUUGUACCAGUUCUCUACGUGUCACAUGAGUUUCAAUUUGCAUCAAUCUACCAAUUCCUCCAUUUCAUUGAGAUGUAUCCUAGUGCAAACCCAAAGAUUAUAAGUUUUUACAAUCUAAAUGAUGUGUACGCUACUUUCAAAACAUAUCCAUACAUAUUAAAAGGAGCAGAUAUUCAGGUUUUAAAUUUGACGAGCUCCAUGUUAGAAGAAGAGAUCUUAUGUUUACCUUUCAAGUUUCAAAAGUUACGGUACGCAGGAGAUUGUGGUUAUGAAGUUCCGUACAACGUUACCGAGGUAGAAGUAAUGGAUCUAAUCCUGGUUGUACCACCUGAGCAUUAUUCAAAUCUUCGUAGUUUGACAAUACAUGAGUACGUGCAAGUAUCAGAAUUAGCUUACAUCCCAUCGAAUUUACAAAAAUUGCACAUAGUUAUGGUCUUGGAAACCGAGGGUUGUGAAAUCCUUAAUUUGCCUAUAUCUUUGCAAUUUUUGGAGCUAGGAUUGAUUUUUCAACUGCCAUUGGGAAGAUGUGACUUAUCCCAUUUAACGAAUCUACAAUCUUUACGGUGCAUGAACGAAGUCCCUGUAGGAAUAAUCAAUAUACCUAAACUGAUUGCCGAUUUGAGUAUAUAUACUCAACUUCCAGCGUUGGAUACUUUCAGCAAAUAUCGUAAUCUCAAAUCAUUAUUUAUUAAAAAUAGGGAUGGGACUAUAUUCAAUGGGAUCCCGUUUCCUCAGAGUCUACAAGUUUUAUCUAUUGAUAUGAUUGUUAUGAAAUUUUUUGAGUUUAUAAAUCCAAUUAAAGUUGGAAGAGAAUUUCUUAUUCCACCCAAUCUUACGUAUCUAGUGAUUGAUGGGAACGUGGAUUUCAAACUUGCAGAAUUCGAAUUCCCCCCUUCAUUACAUACUUUGAACUUAAAGGGAUCUCCAUAUUCAUUGUCUCAUCGGUCACGGUUAGAAAUGCCUGCUCAUACCACGGAAUUAACUAUUGCGCGACAGAAUCUAAUAGGAUUAGAAUUUCCUCAGUCUUUGACUUCGUUAAAUUUGGAAGCAUGUGAGUUGGAUUCUGUGACAUUGCUGAAAUUUACAAGCAUGACUAAUUUGGUCAGUCUAAGUAUAACCGGCUCAGAUAUUGGAGAGUUUCAUUCGAGAUUCACUGCGCUGUUAAAGCUGUUAAACUUGAAAGAUUCAGGGCUCUUGAAGUUCCGCAUUGUUGCUCCAAAUUUGAAAAUGCUUGACUUGACAGGAUGCAAAAUAGAAAGUCUUGAUCACACAAGCUUCGAAAUACCCGAUUCGGUCAUCUGCUUAGAAAUCGGUGGUGAGAUUCUCCGCCAGUUUUAUCCGGAGCCCGACCCAAAGCCCCGUGAUUUCCCCUUCCUUGUGAACAAUAACCGUCUUAAUUUGAGACUUCCCAGGUCCAUCAAGAGAUUAGCUGGAAGAUUUGGUUAUCUUACAUCGAAAGAAGUUCUUAGCUGGAAUUUACAAAGGUCCAAAUACUUGACAAGUGUGCUUUUAUCUGACCAGAAGCUCACGAGAUUAGAAUCCCUUUUUCCAACCACGUUAAGGAUUCUUGAUUUAAGUAAUAAUGAGAUAACUAUUCCCAAUCUGAUAUUCUUUAAGAGCUUCAAGAAGUUAGAGAAACUAGGCAUUGCUUAUGUGGGACUCGAUAAAUACCUUUCGAAAUUGGCCAAUAUCCAAUUUCCAGAUUCUUUGGUAGAAAUGGAUCUUCGAGGAAAUAAUCUUACCAAUGGCUCAUUUAGAUAUUUAAAGUUGUCCAACUGCAAAAGGUUAAGGUUUAUAGCUUUGGAUAAGAAUCCAAGAUGUGACCCUGAAACAAUUCUAACCGAGUUGCAAGAAGAUUGUCCUUUGCUUAUUCGCUUAAAUAAUACUGCAUUGUGGGAGAUGGAAACUGACUCUGAGUACGAGUUUCUGGAUUGA